AUGUCUGACAAUUUGCUUUCCUUAGCUGGUUGGUAUAUCCUGCCCAAUUUGGUAACAGGAUGGGUCCAAUCAGCCUUCUAUGCCGUCUGGAUACGCGCAGGUGACCCCAAACCACAGCCUGGAAGCAGGGCCUUUGUUCAACACCGCCGAAGAAUCAACAUCCUAGUCAUCGUAGCCUACCUCCUCUACACAAUCUACGAAGCCGACUUUCAACUCCGCACGGCAGGAAACCUAUACCAAGACCUCGGUGUAGGCCUCGAUGUCAACGAAAGAGGAAUCAACAGUCGCUUCCGAAGACUAACACUGCUCCACCACCCGGACAAAGUAUCCCCAGGCUCCGACCGCACCACCGCAGAAUCCUACUACGUCCAUCUAAAAUUCUGCCGCGACAUUCUCAUCGACCCAACAAAACGCUUCGCCUACGACCGCCUCGGUCCAGACAUCUUCUUCUGGCGGCCCCAACCAACCUCCAUCCCCGAUUUCCUCACCAUCGGCCUUCGGAACCUCUUCUUCUACUACUCAGGCACUGCCGCUGUGUUAACCCUUCUCGGCUUCCUGGGAUACAUCAAACAAGCUGCAUUUUGGAGAUUCCUGGCACUGGCAGCAUUGGGGGUGUUUGAAGUGCAUUGCCUAACCAACCCAACAUUUCCUCGCUUGUUGAUGCAGAUGGCGAACCCGAUAUUCGCAAUCAUACCCACACAUCCUCAAUUCCUACCUUGGCAACUCAUUUCCCUGCUCAGAAAACUCAUCCUCACGGCUUUCAUCGCCUUCUCUCAAAUCGGUCCUUUGAUCACUUCUCCAGAAGCCGCUGCUGCUGCUGCUUCCAACCAAAAUGAUGAGGUGUCUCAGCAGCAAUUACAAAGAAUCAGUGCUUUGGGACAAGCGCUUGAGAAUGAAGCCAACAUGUUGAUGGGAUUGGAGAUGACGCCGUUUGCUGGUGAUGAGGCAGCGAUGAGGGAGAUGAGAGGUCGCAUGAAGAGGUUCUUGGUGGACAAUACUGUGAGGAGUAACGUCGAGGUGAGGAAUGCGAUGGGUGAGGCCAUUGCGAGGAGGAGGCAGGGUGUGCCGCAUGGUGCUGUUGGUGCGAGAUGA